GGCAGGUUCGUUUGCGCGCAACCAACGAGCAUUCUAGUGAAAAAGGAACUUUCGUCGCUUAGCGCACGGCUCCUCCGUAUAUGUGUGUGUAUGUGUAUAUGUGUGUGGUGCGCUUAAUCGUACUGGUGUAAAGUUGUUUGUUAUUUUUGCUUUUGGGCAAAUAAUUGUUAUGUUAUUUUUUGAACUUUUCGCUUAGCGAAAUUUCGUCGGCGCGACGGUGAGUGAACCUUGUGCAGUGAAGUGACAGUGUAUAUCGGUGUUUCGGCAUUUCGGUGAAGUUCAAAUGAAAAUGUGCAAAUAAGCGAAGUGAUGGCUGAACGUUAAGCAGCGGAAGCGGCGAUAAAUGAGCGAAUAACGGAAAAAGAACAUUCUUGCCACAUAAUUGCAUUGAUGUACAGCAAUAAACGUAAAUAAAUUGAGGACUUCAAUGUAGAACCACACAAACAAAUUGCUGCAACCAACGAAGCGACGGCGACAUAAAAAAAUACGAGCGCAUUGUGCAUGAGCGCAAUUGUGGGUGAGCGCCGCUGGUAAGCAACAGCUAGUGGCAACAAUGAAGAAAAAUAUGUGGCAUGCAAUGGCAAAUAAUAACAAUUGCGGUGAUGUAAGUGAAUAAGGCCAGCAUAAAAAAUCGCAUUAAUAAAGUGGCAGCAAGCAAACAAUAAAAAAAGUAGGCAAGAAGAGCAGCGCAGAGCAACGAAAAAGGCCAACUAAAUAAAUUGUGUCGCAUGCGAAGUGCCAACAACAACAACAGCAAGUGCGGAGUGAAGUGCCGAGUGUAGUGCAGUGAAGUGCGUUGAAACUUGAGUGUUUUGUUUUUGUUUUUGUAUUUUCUUUUCCACACGAGCAUAAUAUUAUGUCAAGCGGUCGCAGCGCACGCCUGCCACCCACGCCCAGCGCCGCUGCCAACACAGCCGCGAACAAGCCACGAGGCGUACACAACGCACUGCCCGAACCGAAUAGCAACAAUGUGCUGCCGCCCAGCGCUUACGCUCACAUGAAGAGCAACAACAGCAAUAGCAAUAAUGGCAUCGGCGGCAUUGGUAUGGGGGGCGGUGGCAGCGGCGGCACCGGCCUUGGUGGAUUGUCCAUGCUGGGCGGCAUGAAUAUGGCGGGCUAUACGAAUUUUUGCGCCGGCAUGGGCAUGAAUAAUAGUGCGGGCGUAGGUGGUGUUGGUCUGAUUGGUGUUGGCGCUAAUGUUGGUGGUGUGGGCGUUGGUGGUGGUGGUGGUGGUGGUGUUGGCAGCAUUACAACCAUCGAUGCCGCCACUGAGGGCAUACCCAGCGAAACAAUCGAUGCGCUCGGGCCCGAGUUGGCGGUGGCCACGUCGCAAGUGCUGGAGAAUUUGUCGGAGGCGGAGCGCAAAAUGAUAAUCGAAGUUUUGAAUCGGGAUGAGAAUGUACGGCAGCGCGAUGCCACGCGUAUAAUUAUUUGUUACUAUGUUAUGCUGACUAGCGCAGUAGUUCAAGUGUUGCGUAUACGACACGGUGUACGUGUUUAA